AUGCCCGGGGAAGAUAGUAACCAGAAACUUAAAAAGGGCCUCGUGUUUCUCUCUGGUGUGGAGAUCAGGAACGCAUUUGACAACUUGCAGUGCAAACCGCGCUUGGAGCGCCGGCUUGUUGGCUCCUGUAACCGGUGGCGCUUCCCCAAGCAGCCUUUCUCCGGGGACCUGCUGGCACUCUCUCAGAUGUGUAAGGCCCUCAACAUCGAUCUGGACGACAAGGAUGCUCACAAGUACCCAGACAGGUUAUGCAUUUCAAAAAUCCAGAAACUCCUCUCUGAGGAAGUGAAGAACAACAAGGCAACCAAAAGUGGGGAGGAGACAGAUGUGGUUCUGGAAUGCCUGGGCUACACGUGGGAGCUGCACCAGGCCCAGCUCUUCCAGUCCGAGACCUUGGCCAAGCUUUACUUGACGACCCUGAUGCACAGGACUAAGAACUACGUGGAUUCCACAGUGCCAUACCAGCAAGCCCUACCAUCUGGGAAGACCAAAGAAAUACCCCCUGUGAAGAAGAUGAUCAUUUCCUUAAAGAUCAAUGAUCCAGCCGUCAACAGAUCUGCCUUCGCCCUGGCGCUGAAGAACCUCUACAUGACCAAUGUGGACAUAAGCGUGGACGACCUGCUGGGGGUGCUGGCUUCCGCUCACAUCCUCCAGUCCGGUCACCUGUUUCAAAGGUGUGUGACCAUGAUGAUGAACGAACUCUCGCCAAGUACUCUAAAGGCCUUCUACCUGGCUGGCUGCAAGUACAAGGAAGAGCAGCUCACCAUUGCCUGCGAGAAGUGGCUGGAAAUGAACUUGGUCCCUCUGAUGGGGACACAGAUUUACCUUCGACAGGUCCCUCAGGAUCUGCUCCUCAAGGUGUUGAAGUCCCCCAGGUUGUUUACCUUUAGCGAAUUUGAUCUUCUGAAAACUUUACUUAUGUGGGUCUACUUGCAACUACACACCAAGAUUCAGACAAUUCCAGUUUAUGAAACUAUGCUGACAUUUUUCAACAGCUUCCCCAAGAAGUGUUGCUUUCUGGAACGCGACAUAGGACAGGGCUGGAUGCCGCUCUUCCUUUGCUUGCGUCUGCACAACAUCACCAGCGCCUUGCUGGGCACAGGGAAAUGGCACCUGCAACUAGAAGAGGGAGAGAAAUUGGAGAGUGUGUUCUGGACAAUCCAGAGCACCUCUCCUGGGGAGAUUACUAGAGUAAAGCACACAGACCUGGAGUGCCUAGCUCUCUGUGAGUAUAUCACUAUCAGCGUGAAGGCCGAGCGCCUCGUCACGUACCAGAUCAGAGCCUACACCUUCGUGGAGGGCAAAUGGCAGCAGUUCAAGACCAACCAGAUCACACAGAAGUUCCGGUGCAACAAAAAAUGCUGCAAAAGCUACGUCUUGAAAAUCCAAACUGUGGGAAGCCCAAUCUAUGCGAGUUUCGCAUUCAUCUUCCCAGUAACUUGAUAGUUUCCAGAAGAAUCUAUGAGAUAUGACAUCUAUCUGCU